AUUAGGUUGGAAUAAAAUUUUGAUAUCUCAAACUUAUUAAUUUACUUUUAAACGCAUCCAACUUGGCAAAUUGAAAUUAAUGUUGCUACGUUCACGUUGGUUCCUUUUGACAUUUCGCGAUAAAAGGACACGCGAACGUAGGCAAAGUAUCGCCAGCGUUCGUUUUCUUUUAUCAGCUAUGUCACGACAUAAGCAGCACGAGGAAACUGAUAAGCUCACUCGUAUUGCUAUUGUGAAUGCCGAUCGCUGUAAGCCCAAAAGAUGCAGACAAGAAUGCAAGAAAAGCUGCCCCGUCGUAAGAAUGGGAAAGCUUUGCAUCGAAGUAACCCCUAAUGAUAAGAUAGCCACCAUAUCAGAAGAGCUAUGCAUUGGUUGUGGUAUUUGUGUUAAGAAAUGUCCCUUUGAUGCAAUCACCAUUAUCAAUAUCCCAUCGAAUUUGGAGAAACAUACCACUCAUCGCUACUCCAAGAACUCAUUCAAGUUGCAUAGACUACCUAUACCAAGACCCGGAGAAGUACUUGGGUUAGUUGGGCAGAAUGGUAUCGGCAAAUCUACUGCCUUGAAGAUUCUUGCUGGAAAACAAAAGCCCAAUUUAGGUCGUUAUGCUGAUCCUCCAGACUGGCAAGAGAUUUUGUCACACUUCCGUGGUUCGGAAUUGCAGAAUUAUUUCACAAAGAUAUUAGAAGAUGAUCUAAAAGCACUCAUAAAACCACAAUAUGUGGAUCAAAUCCCUAAGGCUGUGAAAGGAACUGUAGGACAAUUGCUAGACAAGAAGGAUGAGAGAAAGAACCAAGCUGAAAUUUGUGAAAUGCUUGAUCUAUCCCACAUCAAAGACCGUGAAAUUGCUGCUCUGUCUGGUGGAGAACUCCAACGUUUUGCAUGUGCUAUGGUGUGCAUCCAAGAUGGGGACAUAUUUAUGUUUGAUGAGCCCUCAUCAUACCUUGAUGUGAAACAGCGUCUAAAUGCUGCCAGAACCAUUCGAUCUUUGAUACACCCUGACAAAUUCAUCAUUGUCGUUGAACACGACUUGUCAGUACUUGACUACUUAUCUGAUUUUAUCUGCUGCCUCUAUGGUGUACCUGGUGCUUAUGGUGUUGUGACUAUGCCUUUCUCCGUUCGAGAAGGUAUCAACAUAUUCCUCGAUGGUUUUGUACCCACUGAAAAUAUGAGAUUCCGAACAGAAUCAUUGGUAUUCAAAGUAGCUGAAUCGGCCACCGAAGAGGAGAUAAAACGUAUGAAUCACUAUGAGUACCCAGAGAUGUCUAAAAAAAUGGGUGACUUCAGUCUUUUUGUGAGGCCUGGUGAAUUCUCAGAUUCUGAGAUUUUGGUUCUCCUUGGUGAAAAUGGAACUGGAAAAACUACAUUUAUUAGAAUGCUGGCUGGCAAUUUGGAACCAGAUGAAGGUUCUGGCCAAUUGCCGCAGCUUCACAUUAGUUAUAAGCCACAGAAAAUUUCACCCAAGUCCCAAGGACUUGUGCGCAAUUUGUUGCAUGAUAAAAUAAGAGAUGCAUAUAUUCAUCCACAGUUUAUAACAGAUGUAAUGAAACCCAUGAAAAUAGAGGAAAUAAUGGACCAAGAAGUGCAGAACUUGUCUGGUGGUGAAUUGCAACGAGUCGCAUUGGUGCUCUGUCUCGGAAAGCCUGCUGAUGUAUACCUUAUUGAUGAGCCUUCUGCAUACCUGGACUCUGAACAGCGUCUCGUUGCUGCUAAAGUUAUUAAAAGGUUUAUCCUGCACGCAAAGCGGACAGGGUUCGUAGUAGAGCACGAUUUCAUAAUGGCGACGUAUUUGGCGGAUCGCGUGAUCGUGUUUGAGGGCACGCCGUCCGCCAACGCGACCGCGCACGCUCCGCAGUCGCUCCUCAAUGGGAUGAACCGGUUCCUGGAACUGCUCGGCAUCACUUUCCGGAGAGAUCCGAAUAAUUUCCGCCCUAGGAUUAAUAAGCACUCCUCAGUUAAGGACAUUGAGCAGAAACGGGCAGGCCAAUAUUUCUUCCUCGAAGACUAGAAGCAAAAAUGCAACAAUAAAUAUAUAUAUGUAUAUGGAGUGAAUAUAUCUGUCACAAUGAUGGCCUGGCAUCUUAUGUAUUUCCAAUUAAUGUAUUACUGUAAUAAAUCAUGUUUUAUACAAAAUUACACAUUUUGAUUUCACAUUGAAUUUUUAUAAUAGUAUUUGUAAAACAAGCAAAUAACGCUUUUCAAGGUUUCAUUCCCAAUG